AUGGCCUUGUCCGUGCAUCAUCGAGCCGCUGUUGUCUCGGUCCUCAUUCUCCUUUUCGGUCUUCUCUUUGGUCUUGCGUUAGACGCCAAUGCACACAUUCCCAAGCCCUGGAAUCGCGUCUCCAGCAUCAUUGGCUGGGUUUACUUCUUGUGCUGGAGUGUAAGUUUUUACCCUCAAGUAUUUCUUAACCGCAAGAGGCGAAGCGUUGAGGGUCUAUCUCUAGACUAUACAGUACUCAAUAUGUUGGGCUUCACGUGCUACUCUAUUUUUAAUGUUGCCUUCUACUACAGUGAAAGUGUGCAACAGCAGUACAUGAGACGUCACAACGGUCACCGCAAUGCCGUAGAACUUAAUGAUGUCUUCUUCUCUCUCCAUGCCACAGUACUCGUGGCUGUAUCAAUUUUUCAAUGCACGAUCUAUCCUCGCGGUGGACAAACUGUGAGUAAGCCAACUAUCUUGUGGACUGGAGGGACACUUGUCGCUGCAGUGUUUUUUGCUUUAGCAGUCGCAGUCUCGGGUAACAACGAAGACUCGGCGAUCAAUACACUUAAUCUGCUCUAUUUGUUGAGCUACGUGAAACUAGUGACAACGCUGGUCAAGUGUCUCCCGCAGAUUGUACUCAACUACCAGCGCAAAUCAACCAUCGGGUGGACCAUUUGGAACGUGCUCUUGGAUAUUGCUGGAGGGUUGCUAUCAAUUGGACAACAAGUGCUUGAUGCGGCGGCAACGAACGAUUGGACGGCUAUGACGGGAGAUCCUGUUAAAUUCUCGCUUGGAUUCGUGAGCAUAAUAGUGGAUGUAGUGUUCAUCUUGCAACAUUACGUGCUGUACGCCGAGAACAAUCAGUUCGUUCUUCGUGGUGGAGAGAUCAAACCUUUCUUACCCAAUUUAACAACAGCUUAG